CCUGCUGCAGCAGAGCAACCUGGAUACCCUCAACAUGUCCUGUUCAAACAAGCCAGCUUUCUAUUAACUCAUACAGGGAAGGGUAGCGAAGGGCAGAGAGCUGGUGAGUGGCAUUCAUGUGUCAAAACAUUUUUGCAGCCAUUUUCUCUCGUGAAGCCUGAGGAACUGAGGGGCAGGCUGGUUGUGGUGUGAGUCAGUGUCAUCUUACAUCCUGCAAUCAGCCUCUGAGUGCUGGAGACGCGGCAGUAAACUGUGGGCUGCCAACACUGAAUGGACAGAAUAUGGGGUCAGAUGAGCCCUACAACUUUGUCUUUAAGGUGGUUCUAAUAGGAGAAUCGGGAGUUGGAAAGAGCAAUCUGCUGUCUCGCUUCACCAAAAACGAGUUCAGCCAUGACAGUCGCACGACCAUCGGGGUGGAGUUCAGCACGCGGACAGUGCAGCUCAACGGCUUCACCAUCAAGGCCCAGAUCUGGGACACGGCCGGGUUAGAGCGAUACCGGGCCAUCACUUCUGCGUAUUACAGAGGUGCUGUUGGAGCCCUGCUGGUCUAUGACAUCACCAAACACCUCACCUAUGAGAGCGUGGAGCGCUGGCUGAAGGAGCUGUAUGACCACGCUGACCCCCACAUUGUGGUCAUGCUAGUGGGCAACAAGACUGACCUGGAGUCAGAGAGAUCUGUGCCCAAGGAGGAGGCUCAAGACUUUGCAGAAAAGAACAGUCUUUUGUUUCUGGAGACUUCUGCUCUGGAUUCAACUAAUGUGGAGGCAGCAUUCAACAAUGUCCUAGCAGAGAUUCAGAGGAAGGUGAGCAGUAAGGAAGUGGUUCGGGGCUCCAUCAGUGCUGUGUCCUUGAACAGCGCCAAAGCAGAAAACAAAGAGGAGCAGAAGCCCUGCUGCAGGAACAUCUGAUCACAAGAUGCUUCAGGAGCCCAGGGGCAUCUGGGUGGGUGGCAGGUGAACUCCUCCCUCACCCGCAACCCUGUGCUUAGAGCUCAACGAGAGGCGGGCAACCCUGGUUGCCAAUAUUAAUGGUCCUGACUUAAGUGAUGUCACUUUAAAAUGACUGAUUUACAAGUUUUACAAGCUGCAUGGUGGCAUGAUGUAUUCAAAAGAUUUGUAUAUGUGAACAAGCGCAGUCAAAACUUGCAUGCGAUUGCCUGGCCUCCAGCAUCACUGCUCGCAGCUUUCUCGAGAGCCGCUCAUCCAAACUACUUCACACUCGACACAGCACUUCCUUUGGUCCUCAGCAAUACACACAGCAAGUAUGAAGUCGAUUAGAAGACCGGUUGUCGAGAAAAUUGAAGGACAGUCAGAUAUUCCUGCCAUUUUAGUUAGAUGAAUGUAGCUGGAGACAUCAAUCUUUCAACAGUCCCUCCUGGCUAUUGUGCAAAGGAAAAUAAUAAAACACUUAACUGUGUUACCUGUAUUUAUAAUGCAUGCAGAGAAUUGGAGUAACGUAGACGCAUCAUGGCAUGUGUAAUGUUUUAUAUGUAGCUGACACACUGGCGGAUACUGUGAGUACAGACUGUGAGUCUUGCCGUCACUGCUGUGCACGUUUCCAGCCGAUGAUGUAGGAUGAUUUCAUUUCUGUUGAGAAAUAAACGAUUUGUG